AUGCCUUCUCUCCGACUUGGAAACACUGCCCCCGACUUCGAGGCCGAUACCACUACUGGACGCAUCAAGUUCCAUGAGUGGAUUGGUGACUCCUGGGCCAUCCUCUUCUCUCAUCCUGGUGACUUUACCCCCGUUUGCACCACCGAACUCGGUGAAGUCGCUCGACGAGCCCCCGACUUCGCCAAGAGGAACGUAAAGGUUAUCGGUAUUUCUGCUAACGGCCUCGAUGAGCACCACGCAUGGGUCAAGGACAUCGAGUCUUAUGGUGCGAAGGUCGCCCCCACCCAAGUCUCUUACCCCAUCAUCGCCGAUCCCGACAGGAAGAUCGCCACCCUCUAUGAUAUGUUGGACGAGCAGGAUGCCACCAACGUCGACACUAAGGGCCUUCCCCUUACCAUCAGGACUGUCUUCAUCAUCGACCCAAAGAAGAAAAUCCGCCUCACCCUCGCAUACCCUGCCUCCACUGGCCGUAACUUCGAUGAGAUCAUUCGAGUCAUCGACUCUCUCCAACUCGGCGACAAGCACCGUAUCACCACACCCGUCAACUGGAAGCAGGGUGAAGAUGUCAUCGUCCACGCUAGCGUGACCAACGACGAGGCCAAGACCCUAUUCCCUGAGCACACUGUUCACCUGCCAUACCUCCGAACCACCCCUCUCAAGCAGUAG